AUGGUCGUGGGAAUUGUUUUACUGAUUUGCUUAUUCACUGUAGCAUUUGGGUGGUCAUGGGGCCCGCUAGGGUGGCUGGUUCCCAGUGAAUUAUUUCCAUUGGAGACUCACUCAGCAGGUCAAGCCAUGGUGGUUAGCAUGAAUCUCUUGUUUACCGCCAUUAUUGCACAGUUGUUUCUGGUGCUCCUUUGCAACUUGAAUUAUGGCAUUUUCCUCCUCUUUGCAAGCCCGGUAUUCCUCAUGAGCGUUUUUAUCUUCUUAGUUCUUCCUGAAACAAAGGGCAUUCCCAUUAAAGAAACGAGGUUUGAAUGGGAGAAGCACUGGUACUGGAAAAGAAUUAUCAAGGAUGAUGAUGACCAGGCUAAAUACAUGGAAAGUAAUAAUGGGGUUAACAAGGGCUUUUAG